UCUACUGCUUCUAAGAGCAAAAUAGUGAGAAUCAUCUAGUAUAAAAAGCAAACUUUGUUCUGAUGUCGGUAUCAGUUCGAUCUCAGCCAUAGAUUAGCCAAAGCCAAGUGCUUUAGAGAAUAAGGCUGAUCAUAGGAAAAUAAUGGCUUUUAAGUUCUUAUUAUUCCUCGUGGCAGCGGUGGGAGCUGCCAGUAUCCACGAGCGUCAGUCACAAUCACAACAACAGCAGCGACAACGGCAGUCAUCUGAUGUUUUAGAUCAAAACGAAGACGGUCCAGUGGGGUACGAUUUCUCCUACUCGGUACAGGAUCCAACCACGGGGGACAUUAAAAGUCAGGAAGAAUCUCGGCGGAAUGGAAAUGUACGGGGUCAGUACUCAUGGGUGGAUGCCGAUGGAAACCGACAGAUUGUAGAAUACCAAGCGGAUGACCACAAUGGAUUCCAGUCAGAGCACCGUCGAGAACCAGCAAUCCUGCGACCACGACCUCAUCACGUCCUCCAGGUUAUUCCCGCACCACUGUAUACCAUCGAUACCGUUUUGGCACCCGUGCACUCAUCAGUAACGCGAGUUGAUCAUCACCGAAGACAGCAACAGGAUAACCGAGACGACCGCCGUGAUGAUCGUGACAAUCGUGAUGAACGCGAUGACCGUAACAAUCGUGAUGGCCGUGAUGAAAGCGAUAACCGUGAUAAUCAAGAUGGACAUGAUGAUCGUGAUAGUAGAGACGGACGUGAUAACCGCGAUGAACGUGAUAACCGCAAUCGCAAUGACGAACGUGAUAACCGUGAAGGACAGAACCGAAACCGUGAACGUCAACGAGAUGAAGUACGACGAGGACGAGAAGGUCACGCCCAGUCGGAAGUGCGAUUCCAAGAUCCUGUUGUGUCCUACCAAUACAGUAGCUGAACCAAACCAAAAAGCAACACACGCCACCUGAGACGACCGCGCAUGCAAAAUGUUGAAAUAUAGUCUAAGCCGCAAAUCGUAAUAAAAGUCACUGAACACGAAACGUAAAAA